CGUGUCGGCCAGCCCACGACCUCUUGCCUGCACCAUCUUUUUCCCCCCAUCACUACCUGUACACUCGAUCACGACUUGUUCACAUAGAUUACAACCCGAGCGCGCACCAAGGCGCUUGUGCGCCUGUUACGCCUCGACUGACGACACCACCACUCAGGAGCACCGCGGUGCUGAGUUCCUCUCCAAGACAAGCUCAACAUGCCGCUCGUGUCCGGAUAUGAUUCUGACUCCGGCUCGGACGAGCAGGGCGGGCCGAGCCAUGUUACAGGACCCAGCAAACAGACGAGUGCUGCUGGAACAGCAAGCCACAUCGCUCCUUCGAGCAGCAAUGUCUCGAAGGGCCUGGCUUCGCUGCUUCCUGCUCCCACUACUACUUCGAGCAGUAAGCACUGCUUAGUUCAGACUCCAGCGCCACCAAAGAAGCGGCAAAUCAACAUUGCGUCGCUCUCUUCUUUGAGAGCGUCGAAUGUGGAGAACGAAGGCGAAGAGACGAUUGCUGUGGGUGCAGCAUCAACAAAACGACCGCGGCUCGAAGAUGGAGCAGAGAAGAGCUCUGAAGGGAAGAAGACGCACUCGCUGCUCGGUAUGCUGCCUGCUGUCAAAGGUCCACCUCCACCAAAGACCGAUCAGGCCGUCACAGCAUCCAACGGACAGUUGGGCGCGAUAUCCGGCUCAGGCUCUUCAGCAGUAGGUGUCGACGAAGGUGGAUCACCAGAGACUAGAGAGCCUGCAGAUGACGAUGCUUUGGAGGCACAAGAGGAGGAGGAGAAAGAGGAUUUGGCAGCGUCAAGCAGUGCGCAAUCAUCUGGCUCGCACCCUUCGAAAGGCAACGAUGCCUUCCGCGCCAUGCUUGGCCUACCACCCAGCGCAAAGCCAGCUCCGAAUUCGUCGCAAGUGCUCAAAGUCCCGUCGGCAUCCAUGUCCAUACCCAGGCUUGCCUCAGCCACGCCACGCAUAGCUUCAUCGAGCGUCAAUGUGGGAGCACGACAUGCAGACGCCCAAGAGCGAUCUCCUGCGCAGAAGAAAGAUGCUUUAGCUUUAGGUGGCUUCUUUGGGCUCGACGCCCCCGAGGAUGCUGAGCCUGCCACGCACGCCACAACGAACGGCGCUUCGCCUGGUGGAUUCAAGUCCAAAUUUUCAGUACAAGCGGCACCUACGCUCAACAGUGGCGAAGCAGAAGCGUAUCCUGGAUGGACUCAAGAUCCGGAUGGCACAUGGGUGCCAAUCACUCCAGCAGCGCACGCCCAAUACGCAUCUUGGCUUUCCUCUCAGUCUUCCGAAGCGGCUGUUGCAGGCAACUCAUCCGCAGGAAGACGAUCCUUGGGCACGGCAGAAGCGAAUGCGGAACUUGCUCGAGCCGGAUUGAAGGCGGACCAACUGUAUACGAUCGAUGCUGGACGCAGUGCUUCGGAAGCGUAUGAAGCGCCAUCGAAUGCAAGCAAUAGACAGGCACCCGCUGCUACUGCUCGUUCGGACGCUAGGUACGCAGCGGUCGCCGCAGCGAUGAAACAAGCGCAAGCCAAUGGUGGCGUUGUAGAAGGAGAAGAAGAGGAUGGAGAUAGAGACGGGAAGAAAAAGGACAAGAAAGAUAAAGCUGGCUUUAGAGCUAGACAAAAGGGACAACUUUCGGCCCUUUUCGCUCAUGCGGAUGAGGAGAGGGAAAGGCUGGAAGAGAAAUGGGCGGCGCACAGAAGUAACAAGCGGAAAGCCAAUGAGAGGUAUGGAUUUUGAUCCGAGGGAUUAUGCAAAGCUUUGGACAAUUGUAACAUUAUCACCGCAAUCAAUCUGAAUGAAUCGAGC